CGGCUCGACCUCACCUGUCCCUGAUACCUGAGACUCAGCCAUGGCGGGAACCUCCAGACACGACCGCGAGAUGGCGGUGAGGGCCAAACGCCAGCUGUCCGAGUGUUCAGACCCGGUGGAGAAACUCCGUCUGCAGUGUCUGAUCCGGGGCUCGUCCGGGAUCAAAGGCCUCGGCAGAACUUUCAGAGUGAUGGACGAUAACCAGAACCGGUCUCUGGACCUGAAGGAGUUCCUGAAGGGGCUGAACGAUUACGGGCUGCUGAUGGAGAAGGAGGAGGUGGCCUCGCUCUUCCAGCACUUUGACCGUGACGGCAGCGGGUCCAUCAGUUUUGACGAGUUCCUCGUGGCUCUUCGGCCUCCGAUGUCCAAGGCUCGGCUGGAGGUGGUCAUGCAGGCCUUCAGAAAGAUGGAUAAGACGGGGGAUGGCGUGAUCACGGUGGAGGACCUGCGAGGAAUCUACAACGCCAAGUAUCACCCCAAGUACCAGAAUGGAGAGCUGAGCGAAGACCAGGUGUUCAGGACCUUUCUGGACUCCUUUGACUCUCCGUAUGACAAAGACGGGAAGGUCACCAAAGAAGAGUUCAUCGACUACUACAGCGGCGUGAGCGCAUCCAUCGACAGUGACGUCUACUUCAUCCUCAUGAUGAGGAACGCCUGGAAGCUCUAAGCUUCCCGGAUCUUCAUGGAUCUCCUACAGAUUCCCAGAGGAUCCUCCAGGAUCUGCAGAGAGACAUUGAACGUCAUGCAUGUGUCUUUAACUGAUCUUCAGAGGAUCACAGAAGAUCUCCAGAGGCUGAAGAUCCUCAGGAAUCUUUAGAAGACCUAAAGGAUCUGAGAGGAUUGUUAGAUCUGCAGUGGAUGUUUGUAGGAUCCGAUGAUCUUUAGAGCUGGUUUCCUGUCAUGUUCGCUGUGAUCGAGUGAAGCUGAAUGAAAACAGAAGCUGUCUGUCAGUUUGAUAACUUUAUUGAUGGUUUCAUAAAAGCAGAGUGAUGA